AUGGUGGUGAGUACGUCAAUGGACUCUGUGUACGUCAAUGGUGGCUUAGUUCUGGGGGAGCAGCAGACGUUGGAAUCUCCUCAAGUUGCUGGCGGUGGAAGUCAGGGGGUCUUUCAGUGUGUGUGCAAAGGCUAUGAGGUAGAUCCGUCGUUGUGUGUCUGCGGGGUGACCUUCGAUUCGGCUGGUGGUGGGCCCCAGGAGUUCUUCAUCGGCGAUUAUCAGCAGGAACCUUUCGAGUCGGUCGAGUCGGACGGUGAGGAUGCUUGGUUCCAUGAGGUUUGGGGGGCUUAUGGGCCGCCUGAAGUAGCCCAACUCAAGGCCGUGGCUUCGGAAGACGAGACCUACUACCAGCUCGUUGGAGCCGAGGUUCCUUUGGAAGUGGGUUGGGAUCUGUUUGGCGGCUACCUUGAUGGACUUCGUCUAGCUUUGGUGCAUGAAGAGUAUGAAGAGCGAGAUCAUCUUCUACGACGAAGUGAGGAAGGCGGUGAUGCCUCGAGUUCACUGUCUCAGUGGACUGCCAGCCGACAGGAGUUGGAGGAGGUCCUCUACAAGUACCAGACAGAGGAGGAUGAGGCGAACGAAGAGAUCCUCCGGAAGAUCGAUGGGGAGACGGGCGAGGCUGAGGCCCCGCUUCACACGAAGACGAUCCCCAACGAGGUCGUGAGGAAGGAGCUUCAGUGCUGGGUUCCCAGCAUGGUCGCUGAGUACGAGGCGCUGGUUCGGGAGAAUGAUGCUGUUGAACCGUUCCCGGAGGAGAUCCUCGAGCAGUGGAGGAAGGAGGGCAAGGAGUUUGACCUGGUGCCUGGAAAAACCGUCCACACCAUCAAGGCCUUCACCGGGCGGUUGAAAACAAGGGCGGUCAUCUGCGGCAACUUUUUGGGUCAGUGUUUUACCAAGGCCCAGAAGUACGCGGCGGGAGCAGAUGGAGUGCUGAUUCGACUUCUUCUACGUGAAGCAGCACUUCGCCGAUGGCGUCUUUGUGUUUUGGACGUUCGAACGGCCUUCCUGCUGGCCCCGCUGCUCUUUCAAGAGGCUAGACCUACCUUGGUGAUGGUGCCAAAGAUGUUCUUGCUUGGUGGUGUUUGCAAAGAAACGGUUUGGAAGGUGAAGAGGGCUUUGUACGGAAUGGUCACCUCGCCUCGGAGCUGGGAGGUCUACCGUAACCAAACCAUGAAGAAGAUGAAGGGAAGCAUCCCGGAGGGCGAGAUCACCCUGCGGCCUUCGGAGGUGGAUGGGAGUCUGUGGUAUAUUAUGGUAGGGGCCCGUCGUGCGGGUGCUGUGAUCUGCUACGUCGACGACCUCCUCAUCGCCGGAGAAGACAAGGCUGCAGCGGAAGUGGCAAGUAUGUUCCGGCGAACAUGGAAGUGCACCGAGCCUCAGUGGGAUGAUAUUUCCUUCGACGGUUUCGAGGUGAAAAAGACUGAGGAGGGCCUGAUCCUUACCCAGGACAGCUACACCAAGGACCUCUUGGAGCGUUAUGCCAGCCUGGAGGGUUACGAGGAGGUCUCCGCGCCGAUUCAGUUGAAACCUGAGGAGUUUGCAUUGAAGGACGGCGAGCAGGCCUCAGAGUAUGUCCGAGCGGCUCAGGUGAUGGCUGGCGAGAUUCAGUGGUUGGCAGGACGAUGCCGCCCCGAGCUCAUCUAUGCCACCAACCUCCUCUCCCAGGCUAUCUCGAGGUGCCCCAAGGAGGCGGUUUAUCGUGGAGGGCACCUUUUGCGAUAUUUGAAGCGGUACCCUGCUGGCGGUUUGAAGUACACUACGUGUCCGGUGGUGGACAAGGAGGCUCGGACGUCUGGGGAAGGGCCCUUUCUGGAGGGCUACAGUGACGCCUCGUUUGCUCCCGACUCCGAACGCAGCCAGCAGUGCGUGCUGAUCUUUGCAGCGGGCGGCCUCAUUGCCUGGACGAGCUCCAGGCAGCCGUUUGUCACUAUGUCGACCGCCGAGAGCGAGCUGGUGGCGAUUUGUGAGCUGGUUACCUGCAUGAAGUCGGUAGAGCAACUCGCGGCUGAAGUGAUGCUGGGCGUGAUGAGUGACUCUACCAAGGUGCGGAAGAUCAUCUACAGCGACUCUCAGGCCGCCCUUUCGGUCUGCCGUUGUGCAGCCGGCAGCUGGAGGACGCGGCAUUUGAGGAUUCGCGGAAACAUGGUCCGCGAAUUGCUCGACCAAGAAGAUUGGGCAUCCUACCACAUCGAAGGAAGGGUGAUGACUGCCGAUGUCGGGACCAAGGCCUUGGCAGCAGACAGAUUCCGGCUGCUUGUCGACAGGAUGCAAAUGGCGAGAACUCGGGUGUCACCCGAGACCACUACAUGUACCCAGCCUCAGGUGGCGAAGAGACUGGUGUUGUUGUUGUGCAUGGCAGUGCUCGUGGACCAGGUUGAAGCGGCCGAGGAGGAACGGGACUACGUCUACUACAGCAUGAUGGCAGGCCUUUUGGUGGUCAUCCUUGCGGUUUACGAGUUCCUCAAGUGGUGUUUGAGGCAGCUGCGAAGUUGCUGUCGAUCUAGAGUCGAGGAUCGGAGGGCAGAGCAACCAGCGAGGUCACGCUCACCCGAUGGUCCGAGACUGACGGAGUCGACAACCACCUCGCGGCGUCGCCGACCUCCAACGCCGCCAGUUCCCGAACCUCUCGCGGGUGAUAUGACGACCGGGGCCUACAGUUUCAUCACUCCUUCUGGUGAUCGAGACCGUUGGGAGGUCGACUACGGACGCGGUGUGGCCAUUCGCUGGCACGCGAAACCUCGUCAGCAGUUGUUCGUGCCUGGACAUUGUGCUGGAGGUCCAGCGAUGGAUCGCUUCACCGGAGAAAGGCAAACGUAUGCCAAGUUCCCCAGUGGAAAUGUGCGGGUCAUUGAGGAUAACUUUCUGACGAAGACCAAACCUGCACAGGUUCUUGCCGAUCGAGAAUGGAAGGGGCGAACGGAGCUUCGCCUCCAUCCAGAUUCGAGGACGGAGCCCUCGAAGGAUCGUAAGAUGCGCUGA